GUGCCCGUGUCUUCCUGGAAGCACUUAGCGAUGGUUUAAUAAAGUGUCAUAUAGCAAGGAAAGCUUUUGUUGUUUGGCAACUAUACGAAAUAGAAUCUAGGCGUACAUUGUAUGAUAUUUUUUCAAUGCCGUAUCGCAGUUGCUGCAAUAACGGUUCAAUAUGGGUAAACAUCGUGGUUGUUUACACUGCAUGUGGAAACGGUACCGGCACCCGGCAAAAAAAGUGCUGUUAUAAUUAUCUUAGACACUUUGUACGUACUGUAUAAUUUUUUUAUCACCUGUCCUAUGUAGUAUUUCCGGCUUUCGCUUUAGAUUGUGGUCGAUCGGUUACCGUAAUCACGAUGCUCGGUACAUGCAUGGUUCGUGCACGGUACAUGGACGAUACAUGCCCGUUGAAUGUUAACUGUUCACUUGCGGCAAUUUAAUGAUUUUGAUAGCAUUUAAUCCACCUAAAAUCGGUGUUACGCCAAUUUACCACUUUCGACUAUGCCUUGGAUUUCCGCAAUUGCUUAUUCAGCUUUUUCAGCAUUGGAUUUACUGUACUUAUUGUUAUGCGCUGAUUUAAUUUAAUUAUUGCAUUAUUAGCAGUUACUACUUAUGUGCGAAUGCGUUUUUGUUACUGAUAAGUGAGCCCGUGCCGCUUCAGUACAAUACUUUUAGUGGUAUCUACUGAGUAGAUUUUCGCGCCGACAUGCGGUUCCGAAUCUGGACCACUCUGUGCAUAUUGUUUUCUUUGAUCCUAACUGUGAUAAGUGUGGAUGUCGUUGAUGAUCUUCGACUAGUACACAUUGUGUUCCGCCAUGGUGACCGUGCACCGUUAAAUGUUUACAAAUCUGAUCCUUAUGGUGUGAAAAUCUGGAAAGGAGGUCUGGGCAAACUAACAAACAAGGGUACCAAACAACUAUACGAAAUGGGCAAAUUUUUUAAACCGCGCUACAGUCGAUUUCUGGAUGCUGAAAACGCUCGAAGUCAGAUAUACAUACGGUCUUCGGACGCGGACCGUACACUACACAGCGCCGGAGCAUUUGCUGCCGGUAUGUUUCCCCCAACAGCUGACGAAAAAUGGGACAAUCAGCUUGGCCAAAUCUGGCGUCCUGUAUCGAUCCACACGGUUCCUGAGAAGGAAGAAAAUUUACUCAGCCAGAAAACCGACUGUCCGGCAUAUAAGCGCUUCAAAAAAGAACAGAUGAGCCAUCCUGAGACCAAACGGCUGUACGACCAUUACCGUCCGCUGUUUGAUUGGAUUACGCAAAACAGUGGAGAGGCCAGCAACAUCAAGACAAUGGCCGAUGCCUAUGACAUCAUGAAUCGUGUGCGCGAUGUGACCUUCUGUCAAGUGUCCAAUGGCUACGCGAUGCCGGCGUGGAUGAAUGACACCAUGCUGCGCCAGAUGACACGCAUUCAUGAGCUGGAUUUCCAUGUGAAAGCGGGUGCUAACGCCGACUACCCACGAGCCAGACUGGCCGGUGGACGAAUGUUGCAAGUUAUACUGGAACAUCUGGCCAUUACCAUGGAUAACGUUACGGAACCGGAGGAUGAUAUUAAGCUCUACAUCUAUUCAGCGCACGACAAUGCGGUUGCGGCGCUUUUAUCAACAUUAGGAGUUUACGAUUAUAAUGUUACGGAAGGAGAUUUUGUCGGUCUUGGACAACCAAAAUAUGGGGCUGCAGUGAUUGUGGAACUCUUUAACAACCACACUGUUCGUGUUUCAUACAAAAACGAUCCCGACAAUAUUCCGACCGCAGAGCCAACUGUGUUGAUUAAUCCACACUGCCCGGCCUACUGUCCUCUCGAUAAAUUUAAAAUCUUAGCCAAACCGUAUCUCGUCGAUGACUGGGAUCAAGAAUGUGAAAUCAUUGUCGAAACUUCGUGGAGAAGAUAACGGUUUCUUAAGUGUUUCUUUCGUACUGGCAAAGCUAAGGCGUAUGAAAUGUUUCUCAAUAGUACGCUAAGAAAAAACUUGAUUAUAUCGGCAUUUAAUACAAUAAUACUGCGGCUCUGUGAAAAAUAAAACACAACCAUCAGUGG